GCUUAUUUCAUGCGCAUCUGAACCAUCAACCGUCGCACAACUUUCGUUCCACACUGUAGCACGGUUGAACGAUGGCUUACCUACCAAGCUUUCGAAUGUUUACCAGGCUCACCGAAGUAGGCUACUCUGCUGACCGGACCGGCAGAGCAUCCAGUCUCGGCACAGGUGAACAGCGCGUGGUGAGCGGAUCUGACGGUUGUAAAUUUACUUACUAUCGCUACUCUCGGCAACCGCCUGUCGUAUGUGUAUCUUUGCCUCGGAAAAUAGUACCCACCUGCGCACCCAUCAUCAGUGUACUCAGCGACAGUGGAACCAGCAGCAACAACAGCUGCUGCUGCCACCCGAAAAUCAUCUGUUCGUAACGCAGCAAUCGAAUCGCGGUGUGAUCGCGGUCCAACAGCGCUAAAAGCAAGCCUUGAUCAACGAGCGGAUGGUGGAUGACCUUUGACACGACGCGCCGAAACAGCCAGUUAUCAAACGUUUGGAAAAAGAGAAACCGCUGACGGUGAUAUCGAAGCUACCGCGAAUCGUUACCAAGGAAGGCCAUCGAACAAGCAUUAUCGGCGUGUGAUUGUGGAUUAACGUCCGAGGAGAGCUGCUCGCUGGUGUGUCUGUGUGUGCGAUCAAUGUGAGUCAGUGUAACGAAUGUAGCGAAGCGCGGCCCGGGCCGCAAGGCAAAAGAAACGAAACGCUGACGAAACGCAAAACAAAAACAAUUCGAGCGGGGAGAGCAGGUUUCGCUUUUAAUUGCAAACAAAGUAGCAAGCGCAGGGCCGCCACAGUUUGCCAAAAAGGCCAACCAACGGCCCGUUCGUACGGUGAUAGCGAAUCAUCGCCCGCUCGAUCGUGUUAGUAGAAGUUCGAUCGCGAGAGUAAAAUGUGCAUUCUGUUUGUUUACGUUGACGAUGGUUCCGUGCCCGGACGGUACCGGCUGGUGUUGGCAUCUAACCGGGACGAAUUCUAUGCCCGACCGGCCAAAUCCGCAGCACCGUGGGAGGAAAACGCGCGUGUCAUCGGUGGGCGUGAUAUGGAACCGGGUCGUGAAGGUGGUACGUGGCUCGCGAUCGGUAACCAUCCCGAAGGACGCAUUAAACUCGGCGCCCUGCUAAACGUUACCGGCGAAAGCAAAGCUAACGUAAGCAACGGCCGAGGACCGAUCGUGGCUAACUUUCUUACGGGAGAGCUUACCGGCCGUGCGUACAGUGAACAGUUGCUAGCGGAGGAUAACUUCGGUGCGUUCAAUUUUGUCUCGAUCGAGUUGGUGGCGAAUGGUGAACGGGAACAGAGCCAAACCACCAAAGGGGGUACCAUUCUGCAUACGAGCAAUGCACCGCACAGUAUUGACACGUGCAAGACAGGGCAAGCGCUAGGUUUCGGUAAUAGUACGUUGGACAAACCGCUACAGAAAGUAUGCCGCGGACGGGAACAGUUUGCCGAAAUUGUGGCUCGACGUAAUGUACCCUUUGCGGAUCGAGAAGCUUUCGUGGACGAGCUGAUGGGACUGCUGAAGAACGAUGUACGCCACUUCCCGGACGCUGAAUUGACGAGGCGCGCUGGACAGCACGCGGAAUUUCUUUCGAGCGUUAACGUACGCAUGGCUGGCGGAAGUUACGGCAGUCGCACCCGUACCGUCAUCCUGAUCGAUCAGAGCAAUCACAUGGAAUUCAUCGAGGAAACAUUGAUCGGCACCGAUCCUGAAACGGGUCAGUGGGAAAGGACCAGAAUCGAACGCGAAUUUUCCUAGUGGAAAAGGGAACAGGUAAUAAGCACGACAAUAUAUCAUUUCAUCAAGUGAUAUAGAUAAAUGUUGGUUAACUUCUAUUUCAUCUUAUAAACAAUCUUGACGAGCGGUGUA